ACCUGAUGCUAAAUGCUAAGUGGCUACCAUUGCAAAUGAUUGAGGACAUUAGCAGCGGCUAGCCUGCGAAUAUAAAAGUGGGAGAAGAUGAGGAGGAGGAGGAGGUUGAACUUUUUUUUUUUUUUUUAUCAUUUCUGAAGUCACAAGGACGAGUCAACGAAAUGACUACAAGUGCGACUUUUCACUCCUGAAUGGAAAGCUGUCACAAUGUAGAAACAGCUAUCGAGAAGUAAGAGAGGAGGAAAAGGAUGACGAUAAAAAUGUCAUCAAAAUGGAAGGAAGGAAGGAAGGAAGGCAGAAAGCAAGGGAAGAGAGAAAGAAGGAAGGCACAAAAACACGUUUCAGUGAAGGAAGGAAGGAAGGUUGCAUGGGUAAAAAAAAAAGAGAUUGAAGGAAGGUAGGAGGGAAGGAGAAAAUGAAGCUGGGAAGUGGCAAGGGUGGAAGGCAGAAAAGAGGAAAAAGGUGGUGUCUCUGGAGCUGGGCAGGAAUUGCACCUCUGACUAAUUGCACUUUUCAAUGAGGUACCGAGUUCAUGGGUCGGGUUGUUGGUCCCGCCUCUUCCUCCUCAAACUUGCGCCAGUCAGGUGGCGGCUGGUCCGGUCCUAUAGCGCCCGUCAUCAAGCUGGCGGCGGCCCCGCGGGACCGAUCGGGCCUGAAGGGCUGAAGGAGCGAGCGCUGUCUGCCUUACAGCACGCAGGCCGGUUGGGGCAGCAGUGGACUCAGAAGUCCGCCCAGAUGGCCGCCGCCACCGUGAACACCUGGUGGGAGAAGUACGAGGAGUUCGUCGGCCUCAACGAGGUCCGCCGCGCGCAGACCAAAGUCACGGAGGCCGAGUCGGGCUUCCUGGUGUCGCGGGGGAUGGUGCGGGAGGCCCACGUGAGCCUGGAGGCCCUGCAGAGCCGCCUGAAGGAGGUGCGGGCCCGUCUGGACCGCGUGGCCCGGGAGGAAGCGCACUACCUGGAGCUGGCCACCCUGGAGCACAAACUGCUGCAGGACGAGCGACGCCUGCGCACGGCGCACGGCGACGCCGAGGCGGCGGAGCGAGAGACCUUCGCCGCCUUCUCGGCCGCCGUGCGGGAGAGUCACGAGAAGGAGCGGGCGCGGGCCGAGCGCACCAAGAACUGGUCGGUCAUCGGCUCGGUGCUCGGCGCCCUCAUCGGCGUCAUGGGCUCCACGUACGUCAACCGCGUGCGCCUGCAGGAGCUCAAAAGUCUGCUGCUGGAGGCCCAGAAGGGUCCGGAAAGCCUGCAGGAAGCCCUCAAAGUCCAAGCUAGCAACCAUCGCUCGCAGCUGGACGAGCUGGGGGCGCUCGCGGACAACCUCCGGGGGGGCGCGGUCCCCGAGGGGCGCUCGCCGUCGAGGACCGACCGCCUCCUGGAGACGCUUCUGCCCCGAGUGUCGGAGCUACAGCGAGGCCUCGGCGGGGUCCGCGACGACCUCUCCCGCGUGACCAACCUUCUCGAAAACGGCUCACGGUCUGCGGAGGACGUGAAAACGACGGCGAGUGAACGCCUGGGUCGCAGCACGCUGUACAACGCCGCCUUCGCGUACACGGCCGCCGCUCUCACCGUCACGGCCGUGUACGCUUUGCUGAGAGGAGGAGCUUAGAGGUGGCUGUGGCGGUUGCCGUGGCAACACAGUUGGUGAGUCGCCGCAGCUUGACUCGGGACAGACUUUAGGACUUCUUUCCACUGGUACUAAAUGACAUUAUGUGUACAUAAAAAAAAAAAAAAAGGAGCAACAAAAGAAAUGGAAAAUCAAAAUCAUGUAGUGAUAGUAAAAUUGUGCAUUUCAUCACA